AUGGAAGAAAAAGACAGUUUGGCACGAACGGAUAAACCAGCGAAUACUCAGUUAACAAAGAUGGCCACAGAAGCUGAGAAGAAUACUGCAAAUCGUAAUAAGUUUGCAAAACUGAACAAUCUACUGGACGGCAAGAUGUACGUGGAUGUCUUACAUAAAAAAUGUCUCGAGGAAGUACCAUGUACCCCAGAGCGGUGUAUGGGAUCGCAGUACGCCCACACGACGAAGCGCCCUCCCGGCGUACCGCGACCCAAGGAGGAACUGAUCGUCCACGCCAAGGACUUCAUAGACCAGUACUACCAGUCGAUCAAAAAGCUCAACACUCCAGCUCACCUAAAACGGAUGGAGGAAGUGAUGUCAUCAAUCGAAUCUACUGGUACCUAUGACCUGACAACACACGAGUUGACCUUUGGAGCCAAAACAGCAUGGAGAAACGCCUCGAGAUGUAUUGGUAGGAUCCAGUGGUCGAAAUUACAGAUGUUUGAUGCUCGCCAUGUAAGAACGGCCAAAGAAAUGUUUGAUGCUAUUUGUAAACACGUCAAAUACGCAAUGAACAAUGGAAACCUAAGAUCUUCCAUCACCGUGUUCCCUAAGAGGACGGAUCCAAAGGAUGACUUCCGAAUUUGGAACACCCAGCUGAUUCGAUAUGCGGGAUAUCGCCAACCUGAUGGUAGUGUCAUUGGUGAUCCCGUUAACUGCGACUUCACGGAGGUGUGUAUCAACAUGGGGUGGACACCUAAAGGAAGAAUGUUUGACAUUUUACCCCUUGUGAUAUCAGCUGAAGGUCAUGACCCCGAGAUGUUCGAGGUUCCGCCAGAGCUGACGUUUGAAGUAUCCAUUAAACACCCUAAGUUUCCGUGGUGUGCCGACCUUGGUCUCAAGUGGGUCGGUGUACCUUUUCUGACGUCCAUGAUGUUUGAUUGUGGCGGUAUCGAGUUUCCAGCAGCUCCAUUUAAUGGCUGGUUUUUGCAGUCAGAGGUUGCCAGAGAUUUGUGUGAUACAAAUCGUUACAACAUUUUAGAGACUGUCGCUAAGAUGAUGGGACUUGACACACGGAAAAUAUCUUCGUUAUGGAAGGACCAAGCGUUCGUGGAAGUGAACAUUGCUGUUUUAUACAGUUACCAGUCGGCAGGGAUCACGAUGACCGACCACCACACAGGGUCUGACUCGUUCAUUAAACACAUGGAAAACGAACAGCGGCUGCGCGGAGGGUGUCCCGCUGAUUGGGUGUGGAUCGUUCCACCAAUCGGUGGAAGUCUUACUCGGGUCUUUUAUCAAGAAAUGAUUCGGUACAAUUUGAAACCGUCAUAUGACUACCAGGUAGAUGCAUGGAGGACACACGUAUGGGAGAAAGACCGCGACAAGGCAGGCAAUGCAGUGAAAAAACCAUCGAACAAACGGCGCUUCAAGGAAGUCGCUAGAGUUGUCGCAUUCAGUACUAUGAUGAUGCGUAAAGCUUUAAUGACACGAGUCAAAUGUCUCAUACUUUAUGCCACUGAGACUGGGAAAUCAGAAGGUUUUGCGAGAUCUACUUGUGAUAUAUUCCUGCACGCCUUCGAUGCUAAGAUGAUGUGUAUGGAGGAAUAUGACAUAGCUCAGCUUGAAAAUGAAGGGCUGGUUCUGAUCAUCACCAGUACGUUUGGAAACGGAGAUCCACCAGACCAAGGCGAGUCCUUUUCACAAGAACUGGCAAAAUUGACAAAUGACGACACACCAGAUGAGAAUGAAAAUGUCGAACGAGGUCAGAGUGAACAAGAUGAUAAUAAUAGCUUAUUGAUGACCCCAGGCCCGUUUGGAAACGUGAGAUAUUCUGUGUUUGCGCUUGGUUCACGAGCCUAUCCUAACUUCUGUGCGUUCGGCCAGUAUGUUGAUAAAACACUACAUCUUCUCGGGGCGGAGAGAAUCUUGUCACUGGGAGAGGGAGACGAGCUCUGUGGUCAGGAGGAAUCGUUCAGAAACUGGGCACAGGAGGUCUUCAAGACUACAUGCGAUACAUUCUGUCUGACUGAUGACAUAGACAUGUCGGCCGCAAUAGGGGCCUUGACAAGACCUGACAUUAACUGGUCAUCAUCCAAGUUCAGAACUACAGAACUAGAUGAGAAAGAGCUGGACGUAUGCGAAGGUCUGUCCAAACUACACUCCAAGUCUGUAGUUCCUUGUAAACUGGUGGAAAGGAUCCAGCUACAGAGCGCCGAGUCUUCCCGACAGACCAUCCUAGCAAAAUUGGAUAAUGGAGGUGCAGUAGAAUUACUAUAUCAAGCUGGUGACCGCGUGGGGAUAUACCCAACCAACCCGCUGGGUUUGGUUGAUGCAAUACUAGCACGUCUUGACGAUGCACCAACACCAGGCCAAGUGAUUCAAGUGGAAUUCCUGCAAAAAACGAUAACACCAUUAGGUACCACCACAAAAUGGAUACCGUAUGACAAAAGACCAAAAUGCAGUCUUCGAAGGGCACUUGGGCACUAUCUCGAUAUAACCACGACUCCAUCACAAUCAUUUUUGAAACUUUUGGCUACUCAAGCAUCACGUGAUGAUGAUCGAGAAAUUCUCGAACAACUGUCUACAGUGUCUCGGCUGUACGAAGAAUGGAAGUACAAGAAGACUCUAAACCUGCUGGAUGUCCUCAACCAGUUCCCCUCGUUGAAGGUUCCGCCGUCGUUGAUCAUGACUCAACUUCCACUGUUACAGCAGCGUUUCUACAGCAUCAGUUCAUCUUCACUGGUUACGCCAGACCAGAUCCACGCAACUAUAGCUGUAGUACGAUACAGAACACAAGAUGGUUCCGGCCCUAUCCGUAAAGGUGUGUGUUCUGGCUGGCUGAAUAGUUGUGAUAUUGGAGAAACGGUCCCGUGCACACUAAGAGUGGCACCUAACUUCAGAAUGCCAGAGGAUGUCACACUGCCAGUUUAUCUAAUAAGUUCAGGGUCUGGGAUAGCGCCGUUGAGGAGUUUCUGGCAGCAAAGGAAAAUUAACAAGGAAACGUUGCUCACACAAUCUGCAGAUGGGGAAACCUGGGGAGAAAUGAAGUUAUAUUUUGGUUGCCGUAACCCAGCAGAAGACUUUAUCUACGAAACAGAAUUAAGGCAGAUGAAAGCAGAAGGCAUUCUUACAGGUUGUUACAUUGCCUUUUCUAGACGGCAGGGACAACCCAAGGUAUAUGUGCAGGAUAUACUACUUCAGAUGUCUGCUGAUGUGUACAGUGGUAUCGUCAAACGAGGAGGGCAUUUCUACGUGUGUGGAAGUAUUGAGAUGGCGUCUGACGUCAUGGCAACCUUGGAGAAAAUUCUACAGAAAGAAGGUGGCAUGUCAGUUAAAAGUGCGAAGAAAUAUAUUCAAGAUCUUGAAACAGCAAAUCGAUUCCACAAGGACAUUUUCGGGACUAGUAUUGAGCGCAACCUCCAGACAGCUAUGCGGGCAGGUGAACAAAUCAACGGAACUACACAUAUCAUAAAUGUAACUGACGAAACCGUGAAGCAAAAUUCAUUGAACACACCAGUGUCAAAUCAGAUAAAGACAACAACAGCACCCACAUCAGUCAAGGACAGACAAGAUGUUACGAGAAACAUAGAAGAAAAACAACGAAAGCGCAAGAAAACAUCAUCGCCAUGUGUUAUCAUUUGAAACAGUUGGCUACAUCAAGCUCAAAGAGAAAAUAACAGUAUAUAAGGAAUAUUUACCAUGUAUGACGUCAUUUUGGAAAGAAAGAAAUGUUUUAUUUAACGACGCACUCAACACAUUUUAUUUACGGUUAUAUGGCGUCAGACAUAUGGUUACGGACCACACA